CGAGCCCGGCUUCACGACAUAUCCUCUCUCUGUCUCUCCGCGCCGGUCCUGCUCAGAAGAAGCCUGAGGCAACUCACUUCUGCUUCACCUUCCUCUUCUUCUUUGCUUGCCUCUAGUUUUAGUUGGAUAUAUCUCUGCACCUGUCUUUGAGCUAGACGCCGUCUCCCCUUCUCGGGCUCGCAAAUGGGUUCUGCCGAAGGCCCCGGAGCUACCGACGAUGAGCCCUCUCCGGCAUCUGCCCCGGCCCCUCGACGUCGUGUGCGUACAGGGUGUCUGACCUGCCGCUCACGCCACCGCAAAUGCGAUGAGAAGCGUCCGACCUGCGACAACUGCGCGGCCAAGAAACUAGACUGUCAAUGGAGCGUCAAAGGGCUUUUCCAGGAGUCUAACUCCCGAUACAUCUCGGCAUCAGGGCACAUUUCGGUUGUUCCUCGCGUGUCCCAGUUCACCAUUGUUAGCGACGGCCCGCGAGGUAACGGGCCUCCCAAGAAGCGACAGCGCAAAAUCUCGGAAUCAGACAAUGGAACUAUAGAGCAGAGUUCAGAGUUGCCGUUGGCGAACACUGGAGUCAGCAGCACCCGUGCGCCAGCAGAUAGCAGACUGACAAUUCAUGAAGAGGUUUCCACCGCCGAACGAGCGGAAAUCUAUCUACUUGAAGGUGUAUCUCUAGCCACAGAUCUGUCUGGCUACGCCCGUACAGAUCAGGAGACUACCCGAUUUGCGCAGUUAGAGCCUUCGAGACAGCCUGGUGACCGCAGCGACUCCUCAGCAAGCAAUACCUCAGCCACAACAGAUAACUCCACAAUCUCCUACAACAACGGAUCUGCAGUACCAAAUCUUGAGCGGGCAAGCUUGCGUACUAUUCUGAAUCUUUCUGAAAACCGAUCGUCUUCUGCUUCUGACGCAGCUCAGCUGAACAAGUUUAGCAUGCCAGGGCUGGACACCGGGUUGUGGCGACAAGGCAGUCUUGCUGCUCGUGAGAAGUAUCCCGAACAACUUAGAGCAGAGAACUUUGAGCAUAGGAUAUCAAUUUCAAAUAUCGCUGAGAUCGAUCACAGCCACCAAAUUCGACAACCAAUCUCGCUGCCACGAAUUCACUCGGCAUCAUGCUCGCCUGAUUUUGAAGGCUAUUUAGGAUCACAGUCGAAUAGUACAUCGUCUGGGAUGUCGGAGGAUGAGGAAGAUGGCGCGGAGGACGAUGAGGAGGAAGAAGGAGAAGCGGAGUUUCUUGGCGAUAUCAGUAUAUCCUACAAAGACCUCCAUAUAAACCUCCUCGAGUGCAUCGAGGUUGCUUUAUCUGAGGCUACGAGCAGGUCCACCUCAACCUCCCGCUCACAUAUCUGCCCAGGACAAAUCCGCAGUCGCAGCGAGCUCUCCAGUCUCGACAAAGCACGGCUAUUGCGGAAUUACGUCGAUAACGUCGCUGAUAGCUUGGAUCUCUGCAACAACGACCACCAUUUUGCUGUCGAGAUACCGCGCAUGGCUCUUACAAACAACGCUCUCCUUUACGCGAUUUUCGCCAUUUCCUCGAAGCAGUUUGAAUGCGUGGAUUCGAACUACCCGCCUGGAGUUACGCUGGAUAUAUACUGGGAUUUUCUGCAGUAUCUUGCUCCAGAAUUACCCAGCUGUAGCAUGGAAGUCAUUGCGUCUUGUGUGAUAUUAUGCGGACUUGAACUCAUGGGGUCCAAAUCAAAUCACCGACGACGACAUGUAACUGCCUGUGCUUCUCUUCUAGCAGCUUGCAACAUCACAGGCAUGACCAGCGGUUUCGGAGGCGCUAUGUUUUGGUGCCUGGCAAGGAUGGAUAUCGCCACCGUCAUGAUUGGCGAAGAACCCACAAUCAUCCGCAACCACGGCGGCACCAUCACGCAAGCAAUGUCUGUGAACGCUAUCAGUGCAUUGUUUCGGUCCCACUGGCUAUCGGCAAAAGCCUCUCGUGCCUGCGACUCCUACGCAAACUACUCGCUUCUCCUUGCCGCGCGCGUGAUUGCGCUGAUAUCCCGAGAAGGAAGGUACGCUGACAGCCAUGGCCCGUGGGAGCAGCUGCCCAACGAAAACGCUUCUGUUUUAGGUUAUGACGGGGAGUGGGAAGAGUUGUGGAAUGGGCUACGAGAGUGGGUUGAGCGGAGGCCGGAGUACAUGUUACCACUGUUUGCCUUCCAGGAGGAAAAGGAUGGGCGGGACGUUUCCCCGUUUCCGACAGUUUUGUACGGUAAUGGAUCAGCUACCACUCCGCCCAUGCUAUGGCACGCAAAACAGAUCUGCGCAAUAGCCCAGACAAACAAAAACCGAGAGCUUGAAAUCGCGGGACAGCUGAUGUCGCAUCAAAGCGAGCAUGCGACGAUCUUCCAGGUAUUGCAGGAAAUCGCAGCGACGACGGGGUGCGCAGUUGAUAGCUGCCGCGACGAGCUUCGAGAGAUUUGGGGGGUGUGAAGUGGCUUAGUGAUGUUUUGGCUGUUGGUAUAAGAUAUAGAUAUAGAUUUAUGUAUAUAAACGGCUUGGUGAAUAUCUUUUACAGUACAAGUGCAGUGGGUCACUCAGAGUGUGUAGGGUUUUAUCACCCAAAGAAGCAACCGGAAGCCACUAUAUGAUGCACGGCCACUCCACCCAUUCACAGAAGCUCGAGGAGUUAUUUCGUUUCGAUAGCAAUAAAGUAAAAUUGGAGCAAGUUUACUAUGAGAAAAAACAACUUUUAGAUUAUCCACAACAGCUAUAUACAUCCU